UUAAAAUUGUCAAGUUUAUGAUUUAUAAUACACAAAAUAAUUAUAUUGCACUGAAUUAAACUAAUGUCUCAUAUUAAAGUAUACAAUAGUAUGUGUAGCAAUAUAUUGUAGAGUAGAUUACAAUGAGGUUUUGUGUUACAAUAUCGUGUUAGUAUAAAAUAGAAGAGAUGAAUUCUAAAACGCCGAUUUAUCACGAAAAGCAGGUUAAAGAGCUAUGCGCCUUGCAUGCGCUUAAUAAUUUAUUUCAGAUGCGCAACACAUUUUCCAAGUCUGAAUUGGAUUCAAUAUGCAGCAGACUAUCACCAAAUGUUUGGAUCAAUCCUCACAGAUCAAUGCUGGGUCUGGGGAAUUAUGAUAUUAAUGUCAUAAUGGCUGCACUGCAGAAAAAAGGUUGUGAAGCUGUCUGGUUUGAUAAGAGAAAAGAUCCAGGAUGUCUGGAUUUGUCAAAUAUUUGUGGGUUCAUACUGAAUGUACCAUCAGACUACAAGCUAGGGUUUGUAAUGCUACCUCUCCGUCGACGUCACUGGAUCACAAUCAGACAGAUCCAGGGCAAUUUCUAUAAUCUAGAUUCUAAACUAGACACACCCACUUUGAUUGGAAGGAGCACAGAUCUGAUUGCAUAUUUAAAAGAACAGUUGGAGUGCAAAGAGAAGGAACUAUUUGUAGUAGUAAGUAAAGAAGUAGAGGAGAAACAGCUUUGGAUGCAUCAGUACACGUUGCCGAACCACAUCCUAGACCUUUCUCACACCAAUAAUGUUCACGAGAACCAUUGUGACGUUACACCUGACAGUAUAACAUCAAAUGACAGCAAAAGUCAUGAAGUAGAGUGCCUCAAACUUACCGAAGUGACAAACUGUGUUGCCAUAAAAGAAAAUAAUGUUUAAGUGGUAAUUUUUAAA